GUGAAGAGGGCAGGUGAAAGGGGUUUUUUUCCGCUGAUGUGUGCAUCACUGGACGGAGAUGAAGCAUAUAUAUUCAGAGCGGCGGUGGUCAGAGCGAAGAGACACAGUUCUUGUAGCUGCCCACAACACGCCACACAGCAUCCCAACGCAAGAGGCCUCAGCACAAAUCAUCAUGGAAUCCGCCAUCUGCACCAUCGUCACCCAGUUCAAGAACUAUGCUGGGAAGGACGGAUCCUCCAGCACCCUGAGCAAAGAGGAGUUCCACAACCUGGUGUCCUCUCAGCUGUCCAACUAUGUCCAGAACGCCGGCGAUCCCGCGGCCGUCGACCAGCUCAUGAGCUCGCUGGACGAAAACAACGACGGGGAGCUGACCUUCCUCGAGUUCUGGCAGCUGGUCGGCAAGCUGGCGAGCCAGAAGGGCGGCUUCGGCCAGUAGACGACGCCGAUCGACUCGUCCUCAAGCUGCAAACUCAAAAAGAAAAAGGGGGGCAUCCGCGUUUUCUUUCACCGCCCCGACCAGUGCCACAUGUGUAACCCUUCAGUUAACCGUUUGUUUGAGUUCAGGGAACUUUGAAAUUAAAGGCUUCAUUGUCUUGAAACCCUCAGCCACCGACA